GUCCGCUCCCUACCGUAGCUGAGUAAACUACAUGGACAUUAGCGGGCGCAGCGGCGCAACCACCGAGCCGGAGGGGGAUUAGGGCAGUGUGCGUGUGCGGAGAACCGCUCGAUUACCGACUGUGUGACGAAGUGAGGAAAAAAAAAAAAAACUCUGUGUUUAAAUCUCGAGUCUUCGUCAGCGGCUUUGCAGCUGCUUAAAGCAGCAGAAAAAAUAGCGAAGUCAGAAAGUGUCCCUCCGUGCGUCGUGAUUGAGUGUUGGCGAGCCAGAGAAAGAGGACGAGAAAGAAAGCUCGGCGGGAAUGGCUUCAUCUCCGUGCGGCAACAGUAACUUUGAUUCCGGCCUGGAAAUCAAAACUCGCUCCGUGGAGCAGACGCUUAUUCCCUUGGUGUCGCAGAUCACUACGCUGAUUAACCAUAAAGAAAGGCCAAAAAAGUCUGAGCGGACCUUGGCAGCAAUUCAUCGCGUGGGUCAGGCAGUGAGCGUGGCAGUGGGGCGUUUUGUUGCCGUUGGGGAGGCCAUUGCCUCAGAAAACCAGGAACUGAAGGAUGAAAUGGGUCAGGCAUGCUUUGAGGCACGCAGAGCAGGUGAUGCUAUAGCCCAGCUGACAGAUGUAGGAUCAGCCAUGCAGCUCCAGACAGACGGGGGGCGUGUCACCGUGUUCAGUGAUAGGACUGGGAUGGUAAAGGCUGCCCGCCUGCUCCUCUCGUCAGUCACUAAAGUUCUGGUCCUUGCUGAUCGCAUCGUCAUCAAACAGAUAAUCAGAUCACGCAACAAGGUUCUUGUAACACUUGACAAACUGGAAAAAGUCAGCACCUUCCAGGAGUUUGUGCAGAUAUUCAGCCAAUUUGGCAACGAGAUGGUGGAGUUUGCUCACCUCACAGGAGACAGACAGAACGACUUGAAAGACGAGAAGAAGAAGGCGAGAAUGGCAGCAGCCCGAGCGGUGCUGGAGAAAUGCACCAUGAUGCUCCUCACAGCCUCCAAGACUUGCCUCAGGCACCCGGACUGUGAGUCGGCGAGGAUCAACAAAGACGCCGUGUUCCACCGAAUGCGCUGUGCCCUGGAGCAGGUCAUCGAGAUAGUCACUGAGGCACGGAGCUGUGGGGAGAACAAGGUCCUCCCUACUAGUAUCUACAACAGCAUCAAAGACUUCAAGUGUAGUGUGGAGUGCCUUCGAGAGAACCUGCAGUCUUCAAUGCCGCAGAUUGUAAUCGGUCAGCUGGAGGCUCUGGUGGAGCGCACCGAAGACUUCACCGAUUCGCCCUACACCAGUCAUGAGCAGCGGCAGGCCAUCCUCAGCGUGUGUCAGCUGGCCCGCCAGGACACCCAGCAGAUGGUGCAUGCCUGGAUUGAGGCGCAGCAGUCUGUCCAUGCCAAAGAGGCCACAGAGGAGCUGGAGGUGGCCGUCCUGAAGACAUGCCAGAGCAUCAGUGACCUGAGACGAGAGCUCCAUAAGGUUGCAGUGGGCCGCACCACUGACUUACUAAAAGUUAACGGCGAGCAUCUGUCCCUGAGGGCCCUCAAAGCUGCUGGCGCUGAAGGCAACCUGGAAGCAGUGGCGGAGUAUUCGCGCAUGCUCACCGAGCAGAAGGAGCAGCUGGUGGAGGCGUGCCGGCUGUUGUGCCAUGUGUCGGGGACGGAGCCAUUAGAGAUUACCUGUAUACAUGCUGAGGAGACCUUUCAUGUCAUUGGUCCACAGAUCAUUUCAGCUGCUCAGACAUUGGCCCUUCACCCAUCCAGUAAGAUUGCUAAAGAAAACCUGGAGGUGUUCUGUGAGGCCUGGGACUCCCAGCUCUGUGACAUGGCUCUGCUGCUGAAAGAGAUCAAUGACGUUUUUGAAGGAAGACGAGGUGACAAAAGGCCCUAUUUGUCUCUUCCAAGACCUGGGAAACACUCAGCUAAUCUGAAGACUGCCAAGGCUGUCAUGUUGGAUGCAGAGGAGCAGACAAGCAUGGCCAAGCUGGGACUGGAGCUCCGUCUGCUCUCAUCAGAUGUGGACUCUGAGUUGGAGAAAUGGGAGGAGCAGGAACACGACCUUGUGCGGCAGAGCCAAAGCGUCGCCAGCAUGGCAUACAACAUGUACCUGUUCACGAGAGGGGAAGGGCUGUUGAAGACAACACUGGAUCUUUUUCAUCAAGCUGAGGUUCUCUCUGAAGAGGGGCUUCAGCUUUGUUCAUCUCUUCGCACAUUUUUGUCUCAGCUGGUUGAUGAGGAAAAGUCUGUGAUGAUCACAGAAAUGGAGAAACUGGUGGCUUUGUGCCAACAGCUGCAGAUGGGGGCCAAAGCUCCUGUACAGGGCAAGACUGCCACCUUCCAGAAGGUGGACUCAUCCAUUCAGACAACCAGAAACAUCAUGACUGUGGUCCUCUCCCUCCUCCCCGUUAGCAACAAGCUAAAUAAAAAGUACAAGUCAGAGAGGACUAGCCUCAGUUCUCUGCAGGACUGGGGAGAGCGACAGGAUGCGUCCACACCAGUCAAAGAUGAGGGAGCUCUAAGUAACAAAAACACAAACGGCUUCGGAGUCAAAUCCCUGGAGCAGCACAUGGUCGGCCUCAACCUCCUGGAGAGCAAAUAAUCCAGGAGACCGUCUCCUUGUUUUUCCCACUGUUGUUGUCAGAGCACCACAUAGCCAACCUUACCUCUGUGAAAUUAUCCCGUCAUCCCCUCCAACCAGUACAGGGUGGACUUGACUGUGGGGCGAAGAUGGCUGCCUUCGGGUCAGAUAGUAGAUUGUCUUUGACAAGCGGGGGGAUAACUCUGAGCGUGUGCAAAGAAAGAAAGAAAUGCAAAACGAAGCUCUUUAUGUCCAAGCGGGUGGAUUCACUCCACUUUAACUAUUUAGCUGAACCACUAAUCGUAUCAAAGUUGACAAUAUGGAGACAGUUGGCCAACACAACGAUGAGACUUCAAAUGAACCAUAUUUGUGACUUACAUUUGAUUCACAGGGUUCCUCUACAUUUAUUAAAACAUUUUUACACAUUUCCACACUUAACUUUGAAAUGAUUUUUUGUUAUAACAUCCUGGAGAUUUACAGAAAACAUAAUAACGUUUGGUCAUGUCAUUUAUAAGUUCCAAAUCUUGAAACAACUGAAUUAUGAAACUGGCUACCAACUGUCUGUGUGGUUUGGGGCCAUCUCACUUCUUUCUCUUUUUUGGCAUCUGGACUAUAUUAAAAUCUGCUCUCUUGGACAUGUCCAACACAGACUGAAGUGUCCUACACCAAAGCAGAUUAUUUAAAGCAUAGUUUUAAGCUGUAGUUUUGCUGCUGUGUUUGGCCUUUUUUAACACCAAUUACUCUGAAAACCACAUAUGCAGUUCCAGCUGAAUUUUACAUUGUUUAGAGUCCAAAAAAAAUAAUGAAAUUGCCCUUUUUUAUGAUUUGUGAGUGUGUGCAUUCAGUAAGUCAAAAACCAAAAUUCUGUUGGCUAAAAUAAUAAAAUGAAGGUGUGAGGAGUUAAAUCAAAGAUAAAGCAUAUUAUUUUAAUUUAAAUCAAUGCAUAAACCACUGUUUUUUAAGCAUUAUUGGAUUUUUAUCUUUAAAAAGGAAAAGAAAACUGGUUAAUCCAACAUUUUUCCACUCCUCAAAAAUGCUAAAAGCAGAUUGACUACUUUUCCAGGCUGUACUGGAACCCUGUGUUACUUAGGAAAGAACUUCACUAGAAUCUUAGGUCAGCCAUAGAUCUGUCAUCACUACGUGCCUGUGUGUCCCGAGCCCCUUUGUUUUGUAGCGUACUGUAAAUGUGUUGCACAAGCAUGGUGGUAACGUGUAACUGCCAUAACCUCAAUUGUAUGACAUCUAUUUUCCAAGUGGAUCACAAAAAAACAUAGUAUAUUUGCCAUAGCAUUUACUGUAGAACAUUCCCCAUGUGCCAUGUUAAUAGGAAAAAAAAGGUUUCAUGCCGAAUGAAUGAAAAACUCUUCCAGCAUUAUUAGAGGAGAUAUUUUUUCAUUUGAUAGUGGCCAGACAGAAGGAAAAAGCUACAGUAGGUCAUUCAUGCUGCUGAGAAAUCCGAAUCGUAUUGUAAAAGUUCUGAACGGGCAUCAAACAGAACAUUCAAGUGUACUUGUUAUGAAGACUAUCAGUGUGAAGCUGCCAAACAGGCCAAUAUGUAUUAAAGGGUAUGAGAUGUUUAAAUGUAUAAAGUGGUACUUAAAGCAGUCAAUGUGUGGUUCUUAAGGUAACAAUCACUUUGGUACUGGGUGAGUGGGAGAUAAUGACUCAAAUCUAUAACGUACAGUAAGCUUUUGGGAAUUAAUGUGUUUACCAUGUGAGAAAAGCUGGAAAUUCUGGACUUUAUAAUGCCACCAGAUUUUUUAAAAAAUACGUUAAACAUCUAGUUUUGGACCAUCUCAUGUUUUGAUGAUGAAAGGUUGAUAAAAUGGUGAGGAAAAAAAAUAAAACAUAUUUUUCAUAAA